AUGGCAAUGUCAGAAUUAUUGAAGAGAUACCAACAGUCACGAAAAGAGGAUACAGAUUCCACUAAGAGUAGACUACCAUCGAUCAAAACUGACCCUAUAUACCCUUCAUAUUCCGGUUUAGAUGGAAUCAGAAAUCAAUCUCGAUACCAAUCUCGAACUUAUGGCGGUAUUAACAAACCAACUAAGAAAUCAUCAUUACUAAACACUUCUCCAACAUAUAAAAAAUACGAAUCAUUGAAUUUACCAUCAACCUCUUCAUCAUCUCGAAUUUAUAAAAGGGAAACUGAGAAAAAACCAAGAUUCACAAUUAAUGACAAAAAUGAAGAAAGUAUAUUUUCCAAAAUCACUAAAUAUUUUCAACACAGAGAAGGUGAAGAACCCCAACAAAAAAUAAGUAUUGCCGAUAAAUAUUUGAAUGAUGAUAAAGAUGAGGUUGAUGAUUUGAUUUUAAGAGUUAAAAAACUGGAGAAAAAAUAUGAAAAAGAACGGAUCAAGAAGUUGGAAGAACAUAAUAAACGUAUUCAAAACGAAUUAGAUGAUAUUAAAUUAGAAAACCGGAAAUUAAAAGAUCAAAUCGAAAGAAUAGAAAUUAGAAACAGGAAAGAAUUGAAUCAAUUGGAUAAAAAGUUGUUUGAAUUGGAGAACAAAUUAAUUAUGGAAGCUCAAAUCGCUAAAAGAUCCAGUAAUUAUAGACGGAACAAUUUUUCAAAAGAUGAUUAG